AUCUUUAUAUUUUCACUAUAGUCUACUAGCUGAAACAAAGAAAAAAAGAUGAGAACUUCACCUCAAGUAGUAAUUUUUUAUUUUGCCCUAUUGUGGUUAAAGGUCACAAGUUACGAGUUCGACUGUAACAAGCUGGUCGACGUUUGUCCAGGAGAAACAGUCCAAGUUUACUGUAGGGACAAUGAGGGGUCUAAUACUAUCAUGUGGCGUGUCAGGAGCAGUUUGGCUAACAAACCCUGCCGGGCUUAUUUCGGAGUUCAAGACUCGUACGGGACUGUAAAGGGUCUAGAAGGAAAAGGGGAAAGAAACUGUCACGAACUUGGUGGGGCAAAGCUCUUGAGCAAAGUGCCAAACUCUACGAACCUCACACUUAACCUAGCUCUGGAUCUUAUCAGUGUUACUUGUAGAAGCACAGCUCAAAACUCUCCCAGUAAAGUAGUCUGUCCCAUAACAUUUAAAGGGAAGCCUUCACCACCAGAGAAUGUGUCCUACGUCAGGCAGGGAGAUGAUCAAGUCUUAGUAUUGUGGUCCUCCACUAACAAAAGUAACUCUUACAAGAUGAUUGUCACUAGCUCACAAGCUAAUGAAAGCUACAAUAGAACUCUUUACAAAAAUUCUGCAUUGUUGACAAUAAAAAAAGAUGUUGACUACACCAUCACUGUUACUGCCUUAAAUUGUGCCGGAGAGCUCGAGAGUCUUCCAUCAGAGCCUAUCAUGAUAUUAUCUCCUCCUGAUGUGAAUGUCACCAUAAAGGACGAUAAUCUAACGAUAACAUGGAAUCAAUCACAGGACGAAUGCUUUAUAAUGAAGAUUGAAGAUGAGCAAAAUUUGGAAUGCAGCAAAAAAGGAAGUCUUAGCAGAAAGCUAACGUCUCAUAAACUGUAUGAGAUUGAGUUACUUUCAAAAGCUAAUGGAAGUCUUGUCACUGGUUCCCUUUGGAAAAAGCAAUACUGUGUUGCUUAUUCUGUGAGUCCCCCGCCUCUAGUUUAUGCUCUAGUGUCAAACGACAUUCUUCAAGUGAAUGUAACAGUAGGGAGUUACUGUGAUCCAGGUGAACUCCUUCAAGACUGCCUGUGUCCUGUACCAAGUGAAAUCAUACUCCAACUGAAUGGAGAAAACAAGACUCAUCAUGACCCUACGGAAACAACAAUAAACAUUGACCUCUCUGACAUAUCAAGUGAAUCUGCUAUCGUCUUUGGAACUGUAUGGGUAAAGAACAACUGUGGAGUGAGUAAAGGUGUCCACUUCUUUGAACAUCUUCCAAUCUCACCUAAGACUGAUGAUGAUACACCAACAGAUGGCAUAGGAUGUAUUGUACCUAGUCUGGUCCUACUACCCUCAUUAUUGAUAUUAUUAGCAUUACUGUUUGUAUAGAGUAUAGUACCCCUCCAUUCACCCAAUUUUCAACCAGCAA